AUGACACAAUGUCUGCUGGUAUAAAAAGCUAGGGCCACUCCUAUGCACGCUCCACUUGUAUGUCUGGAGACCACUUCAGUGCUCUGCAGUAGCGACUGAGAGGGAGGAGGCUGCUGCUGCUGCUGCUGUUUGGAUCCUGCGCGCGUACGGGAGAUACCAGAGAGAGAUAGAGAGAACAGAGGAGACGGGAGAGGAUGGCUACUCUGGUAGAAUCCGCAGAAAUGGAGACUUUAGGCGGCCAAAGCAACACCGGGGCGUCUCCGACCUCCUCCAGCCCCUCGCAGCACUUUAACGACGGCAAAUUUUACCUGCUGGUGGUGAUCGGGGAGAUCGUAACGGAGGAUCACCUCAAGUGUGCCAUUGCGGACAUAGAGAAAGGGAUCCGAUCAUGGGAUACAAACCUCAUGGACUGCAACCUGGACCAGGAGCUCAAACUGUUUGUCUCCAGACACUCGGCUCGGUUCUCUGCAGACGUCAAAGGUCAGAGAAUUCUUCACCAUAAAAGUAAUAUCCUGGAGACCGUCGUACUUAUCAACCCUUCAGAUGAAGCCGUCAGCACUGAGGUUCGUCUGAUGAUCUCAGACACUGCUAGACACAAGCUUCUGGUUCUCUCAGGGCAAUGCUCUGAAAACACCGGGGAGCUGAUUCUUCAGUCUGGAUCUUUCUCUUUCUUUAACUUCAUCGACAUUUUCACAGACCAAGAGAUUGGUGAAUUGCUCAGCACCAUUCACCCUGCACACAAAGCCAACCUGACACUCUCCUGCCCGGAACAAGGCGACUGGAAAAACUCCAACUUGGACAAACACAACCUGCAAGACUUCAUCAACAUGAAAAUAAACUCCACUCUCAUUCUCCCUGAAAUGGAGGGCCUCUCUGAGUUCACAGAAUAUCUAUCUGAAUCUGUAGAGAUACCAUCUCCUUUCGACAUGUUAGAACCACCGACCUCAGGUGGCUUCCUCAAACUCUCGAAACCAUGCUGCUACAUUUUCCCUGCAGGUCACGGCGACUCUGCUCUAUUUGCCGUCAAUGGCUUCAACAUGCUCAUCAAUGGCGGCUCUGACAGGAAGUCUUGCUUCUGGAAACUGGUGAGACACCUGGACCGGGUGGACUCAAUCCUCCUGACACACGUUGGAAACGACAACCUGUCAGGUAUCAACAGCAUGCUGCAGAGGAAGGUUGCAGAGUUUGAAGAGGAGCAGUCACAGGGAUCGACGGCUAACAGUGACUGGGUGAAGAACAUGAUUUCUCCAGAUAUCGGUGUCGUGUUUGUCAAUCUUCCUGAAAAUCUGGAUACCCCUGAGCCCAAUUAUAGAGUGCGAAAGAACCUUGAGGAAGCAGCAUUCACUAAGCAAUACCUCAACAAGCUGAAUUUGAGGAUAGAACCUUUGCAGAGGCCUGUUGGAAACACCAUAGAACCAAUCACGCUGUUUCAGAAAAUGGGUGUCGGAAAGCUUGAGAUGUACGUGCUCAAUCCAUCGAAGAACAGCAAGGAGAUGCAGUACUUUAUGAAGCAGUGGACAGGCAGCGAAAAAGACACUGCUUCCAUUCUGCUGCCAAAUGGAAAAGAAUCAGAGUUUCCCGUCUCCUACUUGACGUCGAUCUCUUCACUCAUUGUGUGGCAUCCUGCAAAUCCCUCAGAUAAAGUUGUGCGUGUUCUCUUCCCAGGAAAUACCACCCAGCUACAGAUCUUUGAAGGCUUAGAAAAACUAAAGCACUUGGACUUCUUAAAGCAGCCAGUUGUCACUCAAAAAGCAAUGGCUUCUACUACGCCGUCAACACCAACACUAAAGCAAGCUAAGAUGAAACACAGAACAGACAGCAAAGAAAGCCUCAAGUCUACCCCAAAGGCAUCACCCAGCAAAAGCGUCAGGAAGGAAUCAAGGGAGGAAGCACCGGAAAAGGCAAAGGCGGAUGCAGAAUUGUCUCAUGAAAAACUGCAAAAGACGGAGAAAAAAGAAAAGCCUGUAGUGAAAAAGGAAAAGGCGAAGGCACCAGAGAAAGAUUCAAAGACAAAGGCUGAGCAAGCAGUCAAAAAUGAAACUCCAGAGAAGAAGAAAGUUGUUAAAAAAGAGAGCAUAGCGACUGGGGAAAAGAAGAAAGAAGUUAAAAAAGAAGUGGCAAAGGACGCACCAAAACAAGACAGUAAGAAAGACGAAAAAGUAAAGAAAGAGGAAGUGAAGAAAGUUAUCAAAAAGGAUACCAGAAGAGAAUCACCAAUGAAGGAAAAGAAGGAAGAGAAGAAAGAUCAGAAGAAAGAUGUAAAAAGGCCCAUGAGAGAUGUAAAAAAGAGCUCUGCUGCGGGUGAAGAAAAGAGCCUAGCACCAAAACCAAAGCCACUUAAAAAAGACACUGCCUCUAAGAAAGAGACAGGAACCGUGUCAAAGCCAAAAGACAAAGCAAAGUCAAAGGUGGCAAAAGUGCAGGCCGCAAGUGCAGCUGCUGUUCCAGACGAUCUAGAAGUGGAAAGAUCUCUGAUGUCGUCCCCAGAAGAUCUCACUAAAGACUUUGAGGAGCUUAGAGAUGAAGAGCUGGCCGAAGACGACGCAACUGUGCAGCCAAAACAGGAAGAAGAGGUUGUAAUGAUCCACCAUGAGGAAAUAAUGCAAACCAAAGAGUCACCCGAGACAGUGGAGUCCGUGGAUGAGGGUAUAACUACGACAGAGGCUGAAGGAGAGAAUGGAGGGACUCCAGAUGAACAAGUUCUUAAAGUGAAACUUAACGGUAGUGUUAGUGAGAAGUUUGAAGAUGAAGGCACUGUAAUGGAGGAGACAUCAGAGGGAGCCGAUUAUGAAGAGAAAGGGGAAACGGAAGAAGUUUAUGAAGCACAGAGAGUGGAGCAAGAAAAAGUCAAGAUAUCCCCAAGUAAAGAUGAAGUUAAACCAGGAUAUAGUGAAGAAGAUGAAGAUGUGACCAAUAAAAAUGUAGAAAGCCCACUUAGAGAAGCAGAAAAGCCUAAACCCUUUGUGUCAGCCUCACCAAAAGUGUCCUCACCAGUUUCUCCAGCUGCAUCCAUCCACGAUGAAAUGCUUCCAGUCGGCUUCGAGAGCGCAACAGCCUCAGAUGAUGAGAACAGAGAUGAACCUCAUGAGGAUUACACUGUCAACUCCGUCCACACACAGUCCACCAUUGAGGUCUCCAGCGUGCCUACUCCCAUGGAUGAGAUGUUGACUCCCAGAGAUAUCAUGAGCGAUGAAACGGCCAAUGAUGACUCUCCGUUGCAGGAUGUCGGCAAGAUUGGAACAUCAGCAUCUGGAGAGUUUGAUCGGAAGAAUCUGUCUCCACUUCAGGAUUUGCCAGAUCAUUCUCACAGUGGUGCAACAGAAGGUCACGACUACAACCACUCCGCAUCCACAAUAUCUCCUCCUUCAUCUCUAGAAGAGGACAAGGGGUUUCCCUCUGCAGGAGAAGACAAAGGGUUUCCCUUGACUCAAGAGUCCCGGGAUAAGUUCGACAUAGACUUUGCAAAACUCACUUCAACCUCCACAACAUCUCCUCUUAUACGUUCUCCCUCAGUAGACCGCAAGGACAAGUUUGAUUCUCCGACACUGUUUGCUGCUCCGAUUGAACUGUCCACCACGCUUUCAGGGUGUGGCAAACCAACAGCAGAUUGCUCCAUCAGCCCCGAUGAUAACACAUUAGAAGGUGCCAACUCACCCCAGUCUUCAGGUCAUACACCUUACUACCAGUCACCAGUGGAUGAAAAGGCAGGAGCCAUACCACCUGCAACAGACAAGCAAGGACCAACAAUUGUAGAGGUCACAAGUGAUAAAGAAGAUUCCUCCAACAGAGUAACUCCAGAGCCUUAUGAACGGGAAAUGGAGAGUUCCUCCCCUGAAGAGAGAGCAAUCUUCUCUCCAAAAAGCUCACCUCCAACUGAACCCGAUUCUCCAAAGAAGACAGAAAAGUCUCCCUUUGACUUAGAUCAGAAGAAAACUGAAGAGAUAAGCCAAUCAAUCUUGUCUUCAGCACCAAUCACCAAGCAUGAAACAGACACUAAUCCCUUCACAUCUUUCAAAGAAGAGAGUAAGAUGUCAAUUUCCGAAGGCACCACGUCAGACAAAUCAGGAACCCCUCUGGAAGAAGUGGUAGCAGAAGAUACAUUUUCACAUCUGGCCUCUGCAUCCACAGCAUCCUUGGCCACCAGCUCCUUGCCAGAACCAACCACUGACUCUCCUUCCCUUCACGCUGAGGUAGGCUCACCUCACUCGACAGAAGUAGACGACUCAUUGUCUGUCUCUGUGGUUCAGACUCCAACCACUUUCCACGAGGCUGAGGGAUCUCCUUCCAAAGAAGACAGCCCAAGACCGAUGUCCAUCUCCCCAGACAUCUCACCAAAGACGAAAAGUAGGACCCACAUGCAGGACGCAAAAUCGCCAGAGCAUUCUACCAUGUCAAUUGAGUUUGGCCAGGAGUCUCCUGACCACUCCUUAGCCCUGGAUUUCAGUAAGCAAUCACCAGAGCAUCCAUCUGUAAGUAGCUCACGUGCAACAGAGAACGGCCCGACUGAGGUGGACUACAGCCCCUCAGAUGGAACAAAUGGAAGACCAUCUACAGAGCACAGUUCAAACGCGGAGAAGUCCUUGCUUUUUGAAGAGGGUGAUUCAGUCCCUGCAACUUCUGCAACACCAUCAGAUGCAUCUCAGUCCACUCCCUCUGUUACAACUCCAUGUCAAAUGACAGAGAUGCCACAUGCUGAGCAGACAGACAAGUCUCCAGUCACCCCAAAGGCAUCCUCUCUCACACACUCACCCCGUUCUAACGGGCCGUCUCCAGUGCUCGGAGGUACCCCGGCUAAAGAUAGCAGCAGCCCAGUUUCACCGCCAGCAGAGAACAUUUCCAUUAAAUCUGAAACACCACUAAAGUAUGACAAGUCCCCUUCACCUCCUAAAGCUACUUCCCCUUUGUCAUCUUUAACCUUUUCCCAGGCAAAGGAGACAAAUCCCUUUAAAGGUGAGGAUUCUAACUUUGACAAAAAAUCCCCAAUAAGCCCCAAAGUUCCCUCCCCAUCAUCUUUACCUCUCUCCUCCGAUCCAUAUAAUUACAACUCCGCCUGUGGCUCCAGGGACCCAGCCUUCACUAAGAGGAGCCCAUCUGCCCCAUCCAAGACUGAUGUCGACCUCUGCCUGGUCACUUCCUGCGAGUACCGUCACCCCAAGACAGAACUAUCCCCAUCUUUCAUCAACCCUAACCCUAUAGAAUACUUUAUCAACGAGGAGAAUGCUUUGGAUGAGGAGAAGCCUCUGGCCAAGUCUGGAGGAGGGCCCCCUCCCCCAGGAGGUAAGCUUUCUGCCAAGCAAUGCGAGGAGACCCCGCCCACAUCCAUCAGUGAAUCUGCGCCCUCACAGACAGAUUCAGAUGUCCCACCUGGAACAGAGGAGUGCCCCUCCAUCACAGCAGAUGCUAACAUUGACUCUGAGGACGACUCUGAGACUCUGCCAACCGACAGAACCCUGACCUACAGGCAUGCCGAUCCUCCUCCUGUGGCACUGAGGGACUCGGCUCCAUCUUCAGGCCACCAUGAUGCCUGCAUGGUAGACCCAGAGGCCCUCAAGGCAGAAGAAAACCUCCAUAAUGCGAACACAGAGGGAGGAGAAAAGCUCAAGAAGAAGAAGCUUACCAAAAAGUCCUCCUCACCAGCCAGGAAGACUGCCCUGUCAAAAGUGAAAGACUCAAAGACGUCCUCGCCUAAAAAGAGUGUUGGGGAAGGGAAAGAUGCCAAAAAUGCAACCAAUACCUCCGCAUCAAGAGGUGUAAAAAGUGCCACAUCAGGUACUGGCAGUGGAAAAGCAUCAGGUGGGGCAUUGCCUAGCUGUCCUCCCAUGUACAUGGACUUGGUUUACAUCCCCAAUCAUUGCAGUGCCAAGAAUGUGGAUGCUGAGUUCUUUAAGCGGGUUCGCUCCUCUUACUAUGUUGUCAGUGGAAAUGAUCAGACAGCGCAGGAGCCAAAUAGGGCUGUCCUUGAUGCUUUGUUGGAAGGAAAGGCCCAGUGGGGGAACAACAUGCAGGUCACUCUGAUCCCCACCCAUGACACCGACGUGAUGAGGGAAUGGUACCAGGAGACCCACGACCGGCAGCAGGAGCUGAACAUCAUGGUCCUGGCCAGCAGCAGCACUGUUGUCAUGCAGGAUGAGUCCUUCCCAGCAUGUAAGAUAGAACUGUAGGCCUGUUCAACAAGAGAUCAGGUUGCCUAGUGACUGGUAAUGAGGCAGAUCAUUAUUUGAGGCAGGAAAUGAAUCCAUGUAGCAUUAAACCCGAGCAGACUUAAACACUUAUAGGCUAAAACGAUGCUUCUUGUGUACUAAUCCCCAAAACUCAAUAUCUGCAAUGAGGAAUAACACUAAUAUGAAUUAGCUGUGCAGUGUUUCAGGAAACAUCUUCCACUUCCUCAAGGUGUUAUCUAAAGGAAAUUGAUUUUACACGAAAGAUGUGAGAGACAACACUCUAAUUAUGCUAAUGCAGAUCAGGUAAUGAUGAUGUUGCUGUACUGAGUUCUUUCUGCACCCCAGAACAACGUGUAUCUGAGCUUUUAAUCAAUGUAAUGGCUGUCAAGGAACAAAAUAUACCUUCAUAUGAUAUUUUCCUGAAUAAUAAUGGCUGUUGUCCACACCAAAGGAUAAACAAGAAGAUUUCUGUUAUUGCCUUAGGGAGUCAAAAUGAAUGUAUAAGAAGUGGUGCAUCUAGCAGAGGAGUGGGCAGUAACUCACAGCAGAGGUCAACCCCAGUAAAAGAUGGUAAAUAUGGAAUAACUUGAAAGGAUACUCAACAUCAGCAAUGUUAUGAUGUCUGACUUUUCUGAUGGGCGAGGCAAAGCGCCCAUGCCAUUUUAAAAAUGUUGCUUUAGUUUCAAUUGAUUCAGAAUGGAUGAAUGUUUGUAAUUUUUAGUAAGGUUUAUGUUGCUGCUGGUGUAUAAUUAUUAUUUAUUCUGUCACAUUUAAUUCAUGGUACUUGAUUGUCCAGAUUGCCUUCAACACUGUGCAACAAAACGUUGCCCUAGAAUGCCAUCCUUUGCAUCUGUUAGUGUAAUAUGUCCACAAUGCUUUUAGGAGGGUUGCCUUCUCUUUCAUAUUGCCUGUUUUGUUUGCAGAGUUCACACGCUUUCACAAAGAGAAUCAGAUCUUCUUAUAUCUGUUUUAAAGUAGUCACGGAGCUGUGGCAGAGCGAGCUCAUUCCAAUUCUAAAGCUAGUGUGGCAGGAUAUUUUCAUAAACCUUUAAAUGUGUUGUUUUUCUAAAGCAUUGUAUUAUAAUUAUAAAUAGCUUUGUGGGCAAAGGAGUGACUGGAAGACAUGCAUGAGUUUGAAACAUUAGCAUCCUUUUUUUUAUUUGCUUAAACUUGCAUUAAGAACAACAGGGCUAUAUAGGAUUAUUUUAUGAUUUUGGCAAGUUAUGCCAUGUCAGGAUACUUCUGCAACUCUGCCAUUUUUAAUGGCACUGUAUCGAGUGGCAAGGAAAAGUAAGUAAACCCUUUGGAAUUCUCUAGUUUUUUUAUAUUAACUGGUCAUUAAGUGUGAUCUGAUCUGCAUCUAAGUCACAAGUAUAGACAAGCACGAUGUUCUUAACUUAAUACCACACUAAUAAUUAUUAUAUUUAAAGUCUUUAUUGAACACAACCAUUAAACAGUCACAGUGCUGCAGGGAAGAAAAUGAACCCCAGGGCUAAUAACUCCAAAAAAGAGCUAACUUGAGUCACAUAAAGUCUAAUCAUGUGAUGAGAUUUGAGCGAGGUGUAGAGCUGUUGUGACUUAUAAAAACACCCAAACUUUUCGUUUGCUCUUCCCAAGAAGCCUCUGCUGAUUUGAACCAUGCCUUGCAAAACAUAACAUUGCAAAGCAGAUCGGUUUGCCAGGCUCCAUUUCUGUCAUCAUCUUAAAAAGCAACAAUCCACAACGUUUCUGCAGAACCAAACACUGUUAGUCCAAUCAGCAUCAUGUAAGGAGAAUGAGGCGAUAGCUAUGAGCGGGGUUUAGCUGUACUCAAAGCUGUUUGUAAUGGCUGCCUCCAGUGUAGUGAUGAGCUCGGAUAUAGCUCUAGUAUAGCGUCAGUUUUACCAGAAUUUGACCAUGUUUCUGAUGAAAUAAAGAAUAAAAACAACACUAAAAGCUUUUCAUGAUGGAAGACAUUGUUUCCGCUCUUCUGCCGACAUGCUUCGGCAUGAGUUUGUGAGAGUUAUGAGGAAGAGACUUAGAUGUGGUGAGUGGUUGUUUACAAUGGCCGCUAGUUGAGGGAUUAGCUCGGACUUAGCCACAGCAGCAGUUUGGUCAGAACUGGACAGCAUUUCUUUAUUAAGGGCAGAGAGCAACACUGAAAGGUUUUCAUGACAGACAAGAUCUUUUCACUCUUCUACUGGUCUACUUCGACAUAGGUUUGCAAUUGUUACAGGUGGGGUUUUCCAGUGUAUCCAGUGGCUGCUGCCGUGAUAGCUAUUAGCUUGGAUGUAGCUUUAGGAAAGCAGCAGUUUUAUCGGACCGUAUUUCUUUUUAAAACAAGAGCAAAGAGCCACUCUGAAAGCUAGUCCUGGCAGGAAAGUUGUUGUCGCACGUCUCCCAACCGGCCUUGGCAUCAAUUUUAUCUACUGAGAAACUCCGCCAUUAACAAUCUAUGGCAGCUGUAGCCUGGUAGCAAAAGAGAAGCGCAUGCAUACAACUUUGUUUUGUCUUGUCACUCUGAUUGGCUGGUCAUGAAUGUGACAGACAGAAUGCCACUCCAAUCACCUUCCGGAAAAUUUUUGAGAAGUCCUGCCCUUCCAAAACACUUUCUAUGGCAGCUUUCCCAGAUGAAUGUGAAUGGAUAUUUGAAACAGUUGAUCUGGCGUGUCAGGCUAUGCAAGAAGGAGAUCUCAAAAGACCUUCAAUCAAGAAUUGUUGAACUGCAUGUGACUAGGGGGUUCCAAAGUCUUCUCAAAGACUUUAGGUAUUCACCAGUCCACCAUUAGACAAAGUGUCCACAGGUGGAGAUGAUGCAGUACCAUGGCUACUCUCCCUAGAAGUUGGCGCCCAGCCAGGUUGACUCUAAGGGCACAAUGCAGAAUGCUCAGAGAGGUAGAACUCUGUAGCAUAACAGCCAAAGGCUUAAAGGGAUCAUUGGAACAAGUCAACAUCUCAUGUGUCCAUGGCAGGACACCACGUAGGACAACUCUGCUUUGACAAUCCACAACGCUAAUGCAGAAAUAGGCAGAAAUGGGAUAAACUGGCAAAAAUAGGCAUAUUAAAUUGUGAAAUGUGGCGUAAAAGUGGUAAAGAGGGGUUAAUAGUGGCAAU